GCGCCCUCCCGGGGUCGCCGGCUGAUCACUGCUUGGGCGCCGGCCAUGUCUGGUCGAGGCAAGGUGGGCGGCGGGAAGACGCGGAGCAAGGCGAAGUCGCGCUCCUCGCGCGCCGGCCUGCAGUUCCCGGUGGGCCGCGUGCAUCGGCUGCUGCGGCGCGGACGCUACGCGGAGCGGGUGGGCGCCGGAGCCCCCGUCUACCUGGCGGCGGUGCUGGAGUACCUGACGGCCGAGAUCCUGGAGCUGGCGGGCAACGCGGCGCGCGACAACCGCAAGACCCGCAUCGUCCCGCGGCACGUCCAGCUGGCGGUGCGCAACGACGAGGAGCUCAGCCGCCUCCUGGGCCGCGUCACCAUCGCGCAGGGCGGCGUCCUGCCCAACAUCCCCGCCGCGCUCCUGCCCCGGAAGGCCGCGGCUCAGGGUGGCGGAGCGGCCGGACGGAAGAAGGGCGCCCUCCAGGCCUCGCAGGAGUACUAGGCGCGGCGGCGGCGAAGGCGAAGAGCGAGCCGAGGCUGCGGAGCUGGAGUAGUGGACCCCGUGCGGCGCCACGUGCUUGGACUCGGGGCUGGGCGGCGGGAAGGGGCGGCCCGCGCUCCGCUCCAUGGCGGGGCUGCACCCAAUAAAAGGACGUUAAAAGCG